AUGGCGCGCGCCGGCACGUGCUUGGCUUGGUCCCUGGCCCUGGUCGCCGCCUGGGCCGCGUUCCUGGCCACCAACGCAGGGCAGUGGCAGCUGCAGCGCACGCUGACAUUGCUGUGGAUGAAGUUUGGCACCGACGGUCGCCUGCGGCGGCGCUACGAGCACUCCUUCCCGGGCUUCGGCCCCUACAACUUCUCCGUGGGAGCCUGGCCCCCCAUCGAGAGGAGGAGUCUGGCCUCCCUCUCCUCCCAGGAGUUCGAGGAGAGGUAUGUGAAGGCCCGGCGGCCCGUGAUUCUCACCGACGUGGCGCCAGAGAACACUUGGAGCCCGAAAACGCUGAAAUCCAGGUGUGGGCAGAUGCCGCUGACCUUCCAUCGGAGGUAUUCCGCCGGGCUCCGCGCGAUCCCGGCCAGACUUCGGAAGCUCUUUCUGGACUCCAGGCUGAUGGAAGCCUACAACCAGACGACGGACGACGUAAUUCAGGCCAUGCAUCGACAAAGAUCCAUGAAGGAGUACGUUGCAGAUUUGCCUCUGGACGCGCAGAUCAUCGCCAAAGGAAAGAGCCACUCUGGUGUGUACAAGGACCAGAUCGUGGAUUACAUCUUCCCAGUCAUGGUCAGCGCACAGGAGUUUUACGAGUCCGCCUGCCCCGACUUGUUCGCAGAGGGCAGCCGUGUCUUGAAGCGGCUCCUGGCCUUCGCGGCCGACGGCCGCCCCAACAGCCCGCAGUUCAAGCAGAUGUAUCCGGUGCUCUUCGUAGCGCCUCAAGGCUCACGGGCCAUUCCUCUGCACCAGCACGGCCCUUACAACGACAACCUGUUGUGGAUGCUCCAUGGAUCCAAGCGGGUGGUGGUGGCCGCCCCCUCCUCCACUGAGUUUCUCUACGAGCGGCCGGAAUUCGGAGGAAGCGAGUACGCGGAUCGAGUCUUCUCCGCAGACUUGGUGCAACCAGACGCAGGACGGCAGCCGAACGUGGCGCGCGUGCGAGGCAUGGAGGGCGUGGUGGGUGCUGGUGAGCUGAUCUACCUUCCGGUCAACACGCCCCACGCGGUGCAAACCACCGAGAGCAGCCCCAGCGCAGCGAGCUGA